GCGGUGUACAGCAGCCGAGGCUGGUGCAGCUCCUUUCCUGCGGAGCCUCUCUUCCUCCACGUACCUCCAUCCUGCAGGAUUCUCCUCGGAAAAGAGGGCCGGACAGUCCGGACGCGUCUUUCUCUGCCUGAAACAUGUUUACCGCCUCGGAGCUGGUCGUCCUGCUGGCCGUCCUGACGGCCACCGCGUCCGGCUACUUCGUUAGCAUAGACGCCCAUGCCGAAGAGUGCUUCUAUGAGCGGGUGAACUCCGGCACCAAGAUGGGCCUCAUGUUCGAGGUGGCAGAAGGAGGCUUUCUGGACAUCGACGUCGAGAUAAUGGGGCCUGACGGGAAGCAGAUCUACAAAGGGGACCGGGAGUCCAGCGGGAAGUACUCUGUGGCUGCUCACAUGGACGGAACCUACAAGUUCUGCUUCAGCAACAAGAUGUCCACCAUGACGCCCAAGAUCGUCAUGUUCACCAUCGACAUCGGAGAGGCUCCCAAAGGCCAGAACAUGGAGACUGAAGGUGCCAACAGCUGGGACGCUCAUCAGAACAAGCUGGAGGAGAUGAUCAACGAGCUGGCUGUUGCCAUGACAGCGGUCAAGCAUGAGCAGGAGUACAUGGAGGUCCGCGAGAGGAUACACAGAGCGAUCAAUGACAACACGAACAGCAGGGUGGUCCUGUGGUCCUUCUUUGAAGCUCUGGUCCUGGUCGCCAUGACGCUCGGACAAAUUUACUACCUGAAGAGAUUUUUUGAAGUGCGACGAGUCGUGUAGAGCGAUUUCCACAAUCCCUCCCUGUGUUCCUCUACUGUUUUUUUUUGUUUUGUUUUUGACACCAAGACCGUAAUUUACUCUCUGGAAAAGAGACUGGCUGGAAGUUUUCUUCUCCUGUUUGCUUCCUUUUGUAAAAAACAGAUGGUUGAAGGACUCUGCCAUAAAUGUGGGUCUUUUUUUUUUUAACAGAUUUUUAUUGUCCAUAUCUGUUGGAGAGUUUUAGUCCAGCUGAAGCAGAAAAGGGGCUUUUCAUUUUCAGUCAUUGUAGUCAAAAAUGAGAAACUCCAAGGGAAGGAAUGGCUGUGAGAAGGUUUUAUUCCCCUUAGAAGAUGCCCCCGGUUGUGUUUUCUGUCAUCUGUUGUGUUCAUGCUGUCGAACAACAAAUUGCACUCCUGAUGUAAAAAUGUCUGAGGGAUUCUUCUCUGGACGGGAAGCUCCACCUCCUCCCUUAUCUGAAGGCGGGACUUCGAGGAACGUCUCUCACCUCCCGCCGUCUUCAGAUGUUUGCGUCAGGCUCGACGUUCAUUCUUUCGUUUUUAAAACCUCGACUUUGACGCCUCCAGCUCGAGCAGAACCGGGUCAGAACGGUACGGUUUGGCUCUGCAGCAGAGGAAAGUCCACGUUACAUGUCGAGGUUCUUCUGGGCGGGUCGAGGGGGGGGGGGGGGUGUUCAACACUGCUGUGUGCUUUUUGUUGCAUCUAUAUUUCUGUCAGGUUUGGGGUUGAACAUUAAAAACUUUGAAUGCAGUUCUGGGCGUGUGAUUUCCUGCAGCAGGUCUGGUGGCGUGCAGCCGUCCAGCUGGAGCCUUCUCACCAGCUGCAUGUCCCUCAUCAGGCUUCGGUUUUGUAAUAAAGAUGUGAUCAACCAGAUCCGUGACGUAGCUCUGUACAAACAGACUGGUUCAACUGAAAAUCCCCAGAUUUCAUAAUAAAGCCGAUAUUCUGUACGAUU